AUGGCUGCGACAAAGAAGCCCAUCCUCUACUAUUUCAAUCUGGGCAGCAAAGGCCGUGGCGAAGUUGUCCGGCUGUUCCUGAGAGAACUCGGCAUCGACUACGAGGACAAGCUUUACACUUACGAACCAACAUGGCACCAGCAGGAGGUCAGCAAAGAACUCCAGGACCAGGGAUUGACCAUCACUCGGAAAUUGCCAUCAUUGGAUAUUGACGGCCAUGUUCUAUCUCAGCAUAUUCCCAUCCUGAGAUAUCUUUCACGGUCCGUGGGCGCUUAUGAUGGAACCACAAACUACGAGAAGUGGUUGGUCGAUGCCGUUUCCGACACAUACAUCGACUGGAGGUUCCUGUGGGUGGCCAAUUUGACAGACAACAAGCCUGAAUACAAGGCCGCAACGGUUCCCCGCUUCUACGCCAUCUGGGACAAGUUCUACUCGAAAAAUUCGGGCCCGUACCUCCUGGGGAAUACCGUCACGUAUGCCGACUUUGUGAUUUUUCAGGCGCUGGAUAAUGACGAAGUGCUCGGGUGGGCGCCGGCUUCCACUCCGGAGUCACUCAAGGCCCUGAGGGCUGCGAUGUCCGCACGCCCAAACAUCAAGGAAUACAUAGCUGCGAGAAGGGGAUAA